AUUACUGGUCUCGGGAUCCUCGAUUAUGGGGAAACGUUCACGACUGGGAUCUCUACUGGAUUAAAGAACAAAAGGAUUCUCGUAGAAUCACCAAACAUAAUUCCCAUACGGCUCUGUCCGACGAGCUGAGGGAUCUAGAAAAAAUUUUUACAGACAGCUCGCAAACAGCCUAUGAAGCAAUCAAUAAGCUGCGGAAGGAUUUGAAGGAAACGCCGUGUGUGCGUGGUUAUGGAAACGUUGAGUGGCUGAGCCGCGCGUUCAGACGAGGAUCGCCUGCUUUAGCUAAACCUAUGGGCCGAGUGUCAGCGGGGGAAGGCCGAGCGUCUGUGGCUUCAUAUCAAGGAAAUAUGAAACUUUGGGAGACGAGCAAUCUAAUUGCAUCGCUAAAUCAAGAAUCUAAAUUGGUUGAUAUGCAAUUAGAAGUCGAUAAGAAAAAGGGAUUCCGAUCUGGUCUGCAGAUUGCGCGGAAAGGCUUCCAAUUAUACUCUGACAUAGAGUUUGACACGGUAGAACGAGAGCGGAAGAGAACGCGAACCGGCAGCCCACUGAGCGAAGGUUCAGAUCACACUGAAGGAAACGAGUCUGUGAUAAAGCCGCCUGUUUUCAAACUCAAAGAAUGCCGAAGCGAUGAAGCGGAAAGCAAAACCGACAGCCGUCGAAAGAGUCUUUCUUCGCUACGGAGCGUCAAAGAUCAUUGA